GGCAGUGCUCAGCUUCUCUGUGAAAGUCUCACACCUUGCUGCUCCUGGAGGAACACUGCCAACAUGUUACCUCACACCUUGCUCCUGAUUAUCCUCACCCUGCGGGCAACUGGUGCCCAGGACACCGAGCCUCUGAUUGCAGAUGCCCCUGAGCCAAGCAACCCGGAGCCUGUGAUUACAGAUUCACCAGAGCCAAGCAACCCAGAACCUGUGAUUGCAGACGACCCUGAGCCGAGCAACCCAGACCCUGUGAUUGCAGACAACCCUGAGCCGAGCAACCCAGAACCUGUGAUUGCAGACGACCCUGAGCCGAGCAACCCAGACCCUGUGAUUGCAGAAGACCCUGAGCCAAGCAGCCCAGAGCCUGUGAUUGCAGACGUCCCUGAGCUGAGCCAGGAGGCCUCACAGGAAGAAGAAGAAAGCUCAGACUGGGGCCUGAACACCCUCCGCGGCAGCUUUGAGGCCGUCAAUAGCUACUUUGACUCCAUGAUGGAGCUGCUGGGAGGCCGCAAUGGCGUAUGUCAGUAUCGCUGUAAAUACGGAAAGGCUCCUCAUCCUCGCCCUGACUAUAUAACUCCAGAACCCAAUGGCUGCAGCUCCUACUUCCUGGGAGUGCCUGUUCCUGAGGGAGUUGAUAUGGGAAUCCCGGCCAUGACCAAGUGCUGUAACCAGCUGGACACGUGCUAUGACACAUGUGGCUCCAAUAAGUAUCGCUGUGACUCCAAGUUUCGCUGGUGUCUACACGGAAUCUGCUCUGAACUCAAGAAGAGCCUUGGCUUUGUGUCAAGAGUCGAAGCAUGUGAAUCAGUUGCUGAUACCCUGUUUAACACCGUUUGGACUUUGGGCUGCAGGCCUUUCAUGAACAGCCAGCGGGCAGCAUGUAUCUGUCAAGGAGAGGAGCGAGACGAGCUUUAGAGAAUCUACCUCCCAUUCAGUCCUGUGGCGUAAUACAAUGCUACAUUAUACAAUGCAUUACUGUAUAUACACAGAAUAACAAUAUAACACAAUGUAGCACUACAACAUAACUCUCAGUCAGGUAAAUCACGAUAUCACAUUCUGUUAUAUUACAUGCUGUGCCAACAUAACACUGUAAUGGCACUGCAUAAAACAUGCAGCAUGCAGAUAUUAGAUCUUUACGCAUUCACACAAGAACUCACUCUGUGUUACACAUGGGGAACUCAUUUUAGGUGUAAAAAAUAUAUUUCCUCAUGAUAAUAUAUUACUGUGGUAAUAUAAAUUACGAUAUAAUUGUGAGAUGUAUACAUUAUGUACAAAGUAAAUACAACUACUUUUACCAUG